AUGUCUAACCAGAGCGACUACGAAUAUACCAACACCCAAGCUUACCCUCCGCAAGUCCGCCAGUCUCAGUACUCUCCUCAGCCCCAGUACUCUCACCAAUCUCAGUACUCUCUGGGAAACAACCCAUACAGCCACGGCCAGGGAGGCUACAUUCCCCCUUAUCACGACCAGGCCGACUACUCCCGUAGCGCAACCCCCAGCUACUAUCACAAUCAGAAUGAAAUGACUGGUCCUGAUGGCGAGCGAGGUCUCGGCGCAACGGUUGUCGGCGGCGGUACUGCCGGCUGGGCUGCCCACAAGUCCGGUUCGGGGAUGCUCGGCAGUCUUGCCAGUGCUGCCGCUGGUGCCAUCGGUGCAAAUUUCCUCGAGAACAAGCUGAAGAAGCAUCGCAACAAGAGGCACAGCAAGUGA